GGUCACACUGCACCUAACUAUUGCUUGUCAUCGCAUUCGGCAAUUCUCAAACAAUUUGAUUUUUUCUUGAAUUACCUAAAAGUACGUGAAUAAUUACAAAAUGGAAACUCUGCUGGGUAUUAAGGGUCCUGAUUUUGUGAUGCUGGCUGCGGACACCACUCACGCCCGCUCCAUUAUCGUCAUGAAAGAUGAUCAAAACAAAAUCCACAAGGUGUCGGAUAAUCUGCUUAUAUCGACCAUCGGCGAGUCCGGAGACACCGAGCAGUUCACCGAGUUCAUCUCGAAGAACAUCGCCUUGUACAAAAUGAGGAAUGGCUACGAUUUGAGUCCGCGUGCGGCAGCACAUUUUACCCGCAAGAACCUGGCGGAAUACCUUCGCAGCCGCACUCCUUACCAGGUGUUCAUGUUCGUAGCUGGAUACGACGCCAAUGAUGGACCCGAGCUGACAUUCAUCGAUUACUUGGCCUCCGCCAAGUCUGUUAACUAUGCCGGUCAUGGAUAUGGUGCCAUUUUCGCGUCCAGCAUCUACGAUCGCUACUGGUACCCCAACAUUACCCAGGCUGAGGCAUACGACGUCCUUAAGAAGUGCGUUGUGGAGAUCCAGAAGCGUCUUGUCAUCAACCUGCCCAACUUUACGGUUUCUGUUGUGGACAAGGAGGGAGUGCGCAACCUGGACCCCAUCACAGCCAAGAGCUUGGCCGCAGAUCCCGCCGCUUAGUUAGGAUUUUAGCAUUUUAAAUGCAGAAAAUUAAUAAAUAAAAUGCGCCUGGAAAUGGGCUUUUUUUGGUAUGAA